AUGGGGAAGAUUAUAAAUGUUUUGCAUAGUGAGUAGUACUUUUAGUAUCCCGUGCAGCCUAUGAGAUUCUAAGAACCUCAGGUAUUCUACUUGUUUACAACACUCUAGCAAAGAAGAUGGCAAUCUCUAGCACCGAUGAUUUUCAGACCACAAUUCAGAAAAGUUAUGACAAAAUGAGUGAGUUAAAAGCCUUUGAUGAUACAAAGGCAGGUAUCAAAGGGCUUGUUGAUGCUGGAAUCACUAAGGUGCCUCGAAUAUUCGUGCUACCACCAAAAGACAGACCGAAGUCCUCGGAUACAUGUGAAACACAGUUCAUUUAUCCAGUGAUAGACCUUGAAGGCAUUUCUAAGGAUCCAAUCAAGCAUAAAGAGAUUGUGGACAAAGUUCGAGAUGCGUCAGAGACAUGGGGUUUCUUCCAAGUGGUUAAUCAUGGCAUUCCAGUAUCUGUCCUGGAAGAAAUGUUGCAAGGUGCACGGAAGUUUUUUGAGCAAGAUAUUGAGGUUAAGAAUCAGUAUUACACUCGAGAUAUCACGAAAAAGGUGGUUCAUUCUUGCAAUUUUGAUUUGUAUAGCCCUUCUGUUCCAGCUGCAAAUUGGAGAGACACACUUUUCUGUUUAAUGGCUCCUAAUCCUCCUAGUCCAGAAGAAUUUCCAGCAGCAUGCAGGGAAAUACUAAUAGAGUUCUCUGAUCAUAUCAUGAAAUUGGGAAAAUCAGUGUUUGAAUUAUUGUCCAAGGGUCUAGGUCUCAAUCCAUCUCAUCUCAAUGAUAUCGGUUGUGCUGAGGGGCUCGCUGUUUUGGGCCAUUACUAUCCAGCAUGUCCUCAGCCAGAACUCACCAUGGGCACCAGUAAGCAUUCUGACAAUGGUUUUAUCACCGUGCUUCUACAAGAUCUUAUCGGAGGACUUCAAGUGCUUCACCAGAAUCAGUGGGUUGAUGUUCCUCCAACGCCUGGUGCUAUUGUCGUGAACAUUGGAGAUCUUCUACAGCUUGUAUCAAAUGACAAGUACAUUAGUGUUGAACACAGAGUAUUGACAAAUAAACUAUGUUCAAGAAUAUCAGUUGCAUGCUUCUUUGGUACAGGUCCAUUGCCAUCUUCCAAUCUUUAUGGACCAAUUACUGAAUUGUUGUCAGAAGAUAAUCCUCCAAAAUAUCGCUCAACCACAGUGAACGACCACACUGGUUAUUACCGUAAAAAGGGUCUAGAUGGAACUUCUGCACUGUUGCAUUACAAGAUCUAA